UGGGAGCCCAAGUUGCGGUCGCGGGCUGAAUGACCGCGCACGCGCAGUGCUCGACAUGAGUGGGGAAGCGGUUUGAUUUGUACCGAUCUCCGGCCUUGCGCUGUAACCCGGGCAACCACCCGAACUCGAGCUGGGCAGCGGGUAGGCCCCUGCAUCCACCCCCCGCUUCUAGGAUGGCAGUUUCGGGACCGACGAAAAUCGCUUGGAAGCUCCAGGAGUUUGUUGCACAUGCUGGAAAUGUAACCUGUCUGGUGUUGGGGAAGAAUUCGGGCAGAUUAUUGGCCACUGGUGGUGAAGACUGUCGCGUCAACUUGUGGUCAGUCAGCAAACCAAACUGUAUUAUGAGUCUUACAGGUCACAACUCACCAGUUGAAUGCAUUCAGUUUAAAGACUCCGAGGAGUUGGUUGUUGCAGGCUCACAGUCUGGAUCACUGAGAAUAUGGGAUUUGGAAGCAGCUAAGAUCCUUCGAACACUGUCUGGUCACAAGGCCAACAUUUGCAGUUUAGACUUUCAUCCUUUUGGAGAGUUUGUGGCCUCUGGUUCUAUGGAUACCAAUGUAAAGUUGUGGGACAUUCGGAGGAAAGGAUGUGUAAUGACAUACAAGGGACACACAAAUGCUGUACGGUGUCUACGAUUCAGUCCUGAUGGGCGAUGGAUUGCUGCUGCUGGAGAUGAUAGCACCGUGAAGCUGUGGGAUUUGUCAGCAGCAAAAAUUUUAACAGAAUUUACAGAUCACACUGCACCUGUAAAUACGGUGGAGUUCCACCCCAAUGAGUAUUUGCUGGCUUCUGGCAGCUCAGACAGAACAAUAAAGUUUUGGGACCUAGAAAAGUUUAAGAUGGUGAGCUGUACAGAAGUAGAGAGUACUCCUGUCAGGUGUAUUUUGUUCAAUCCAGAUGGUUGUUGUCUAUACAGCGGAUCUCAGGAUUCAUUGCAUGUAUAUGGAUGGGAACCUCCACGUUGUUUUGAUGUACUUCCUGUUAAUUGGGGUAGAGCAGCAGACCUUGCCAUCUGUUCCAAUCAGUUGAUUGGAGCUUCAUUCAGUCAGGUGACAGUCUCAACGUUUGUGGUGGAUCUGAAUAGAGUGAAGAAGACUGGUUCAAUUGUCCAGGGCACAGUUGAAGAUGAAAAACUCUUCAAUCUAUCAGAAAUGAAAGGAGCUGCACUCAGACGCAACUAUGAGCGGCCCUUAACUACAUGCAACAGACCUCAAAGCAAAGUGAAAGAAGAGCUGGAGAAUGAAGGAAGAAACCCUGGUGCAGAAGAAGAGAAGGACGACAAGGAGUCAACUGCAGAGAUCCGAAAUCCAGAGGAAUACAAGGAGAUCUUUCAGCCACACAAUGCCAUUGCUCGAACUCCACCUCGGCGAUCUGAUCCAUUCCCUGCUCCACCAGAAGACGAUACCAUUUUAGUAAAGGAAUCUGAGAAAGUGACUCCUCCAACAGAGAUGCACUCUACCACAGUAAAGAGAUUACAGGCAGAUCAGCUGAACUUUCCUCCAGCAGCAGCUUCCACUCCCAACAAUCGGCCUGAAGCAGCAAUAAUUCCAAUUGCUAAAAAUGAACCCAUUGGUUUGAAGGCAGCAGAUUUUCUCCCAUCCCAGAAUAAUAAAUUGGCAGAUUUGACUGAUGAAGAUGCUGUGAGCCAAAUCCAGAAAGGACAUGAUACCAUGUGUGUUGUAUUAAAAAGUCGAUUCAAGAAUUUAGACACAGUGAGGGCUGUGUGGAGCACUGGAGAUAUCAAGACUUCCAUAGACUCAGCAGUGACCAUGAAUGACUUAGCAGUUAUUGUAGACAUUUUGAACAUUAUUAACCUUAAACCAGCAUUGUGGAAAUUGGACCUCUGCCCUUCAAUCAUUCCUCAGAUUGACAAGCUGUUGCAGAGCAAGUAUGAGAGUUAUGUCCAGACAGGCUGUACUUCUCUGAAGCUAAUCCUGCAGCGAUUUGGCCUCUUAAUAGCUGACAAUUUGGUUACCCCACCAUCAAUUGGGGUAGACAUAACACGGGAAGAAAGGCACCAGAAGUGCAAACUUUGUUACAAGCAGUUAAAAAACUUGCUUCCAAUUCUUCAAAGUAAAGCAGGAAUACCGGGCCGGCAAGGUAGUGCCUUUCGUGAACUACAGCUUCUAAUGGCAGCUUUUGAAUGACAAUGGUCUCCAUAGACUUAUUUUUGAUUAAUCCUCUUCCAGAACUGACUUGAGGUUCAUGUAAUAAACAUCCUUUUGCAGAGACUGCCAAUGAAUGAUGCAGUGACCAAAUUGCUUUCUGCAAGUCGACUUUUUUUCCCCCAGAGUUUACAAAAAUCUAGGUAGUUUAAACAAAGAUGGGCCUCAAAGGUUUUUUGAAUAUUACUGCAAACACCACUUCUCCUUUUGGUAUUUACAAUGAAGAAAAACCCAGGGAAAUUGAUUCUUAACUAAACCUUGCCUCCUGUUGGUUUUGAAUCUACCCUGUUAGACAACAAUGCCGAAGAAAAACAUUCUUGAACAUGUUUUGCAUUGUUAAUGUGUUGACUUGUUUUAAGUCCUUUAUCUUCCAUUCGUACAUUAAGAUUAAAUAAGUUCAAAUCUCCAAUUCUUGUAAGUUAACAUUUUCACUGUACAUUAAAUAUCAUAUAGUGACACUAGCCUUGUCCAUCCUGGUGAUGGUUAGUACCUACAGUGGAGUAAGUUGUGGGCUACCUGUCUGUAUUAUAGAAACAACUGGGUUUAUUUGGAAAUGACUGAAUAUGUACCAUCACAGCCUGUUUUUUCAUAGAACUAUAAGUGCAAAAUGAGAACUCUAUCAUUGCUUUAACGGGUUUAGAUUUUAAAAAUGUGGAAUGUACAACUAUUUACUUUUAAUCCUGAUUGCAAGUCCUGUGUUUAUGGUUUGUGUGGGGGAAGUGCAGAAUUGCCCUCGGGAAAUCAAAUGGGUGCUUACUUGAAAUCCAUAUGGCAGGCUCUUUCCCUCAAACUCGCUGUGGGCUAAAGUACAUUGCAAAUUGUAUUUCGUAAGUUAUCCAUUUUCUUUUACAUUUUCUGAAUAUUUAAACAAUCUUGUAGCCCUAGUAUCUAAUGAUUUUACUUUGCCUCUUAAAAUAGAACUAAGAAUUAAUGUUAAAGUGAGGUUUGUUUUUCAAAUAAGUUUGGAACCAAGUCAUGUAAGGUUUUGCUUCCCAUGCAGGAUCAGUAAUCUGAGUAAAAUUUGUGACCUAGUUUAUUUUCACAAACAGGUCACAAUGUAACUUAAGCCUCAAUGUUUUAGGGUUGACUGUGCUGCCAUGACAAUGACACACCUAUAGCCUGAGGAACAGGAAUGGUGCAACUAGUUUACAUGGUGUUCAAUUAACUAAAGUCAUUUUAAAUUAGUCCUAUUUAAACAACAUGCCAUCUGUUUUUAUACUCAGAAUUUUGGAACUGGGCACUGUUUCACCUUCAUUUAAGAUGCAUUUUGCUAUUUUGCAAUCACAAUGUUGUAUUAUGUUGAUUUGUAGCCCAAUUACAGGUCAGGUGUUUGAAGAGCAACAUUAGUACUCCACUGUCAUGUUGGAAAAUGUAAAUUAUGUAAAUAUGAACAUCUCCACAAUAAACCAAAUUUUUUGAAUACGUU